CCGUGUCGCGAGGCGUGGCGCAGGAGCUGGGGCUCGGCGGCCAGCGGCAGCGCCGGCGACGACCUGUGGCCGCUGCUGCAGCACCACUACGACUACAUCAUGGACAACCACCUCAUCGACACCUGCAAGGAAGCAAACGGCGAGUUGCAAUCGAGCAAGUCGGCCGCUUUGCUGCCGCGGCUCAACCCGGCCGCCGGCUUCAACCGGCAGUGGUCGCUCAGCCAGCUCGUGGCCGAGUUCGGGGAGCUGUGCCAGUGGCUGUCGCAUGUGCAGGAGGAGAUCUAUUCUAGUCCCGAGAACCUGAGCAGCAGGAAGUUAAGAACGAAUCGCAUGGCCGAACUGGCGUCGGUGGAGCCGCGCCGAGCUAAGUUCAUCGAGCAGGCGAGCGCCAUACUCGAACGCAUUCCAGAGGCUAGCGCAGAGGUGACUUGGCGCGUGGACCAUUUGAACGCGAAGUGGGAAGGCCUGCGUCUGCUGCUGAGCCCCGAACAGCCUCCACGCGACGGAGAAGGCACCGACACCGUCGACACGUCGCACGAGCUCCGCUGCCUGCGGCGCUGGCUGCACGGCAUGGAGGGCCGCCUGCCGCCGCCGUCGCUCGCCGCGGCGCGCGCCGCGCCCUACCACGAGCUGCUGAGAAAGCUGAGGGAGCAUGAGGUAUUGCAACGCGACGUCGAAUGCCACGGUCGGAUCGUGAGCUCGGUGGUGAGGCUGUGCGCGGGCGGCGACGCGGCGCGCGCGCUCGAGCGUCGCUGGCACCUCCUGUACCUGCGCGCCAUCGAGUGGCAGUGCCAUCUGGAGGCGUGCCUCGCUAGGAUCGAUAACCAGGGCUGUGCUUCAGCGGAAGCAGCAAGCGACAGCGACGAAGAGCCGGCGUUGAAGCAGCCGCGACUAAGUCGGAAAGGCUCACCACGGCGCGGCUCGCCGCGACGACUGCGAAUAGAGCGGCGACGCGACAGCUCGGGAGACAGCAGGCAGUCGGCCUCAGAGGAGGAGCAGGACUAUGUUGUAACGUACCCGUGGCGCGGCUUCGGGUCCGACUGCGAGUCUGAGCGACACAACAUGGACGCCCGCGUACCGAGUGGAGGCAGCGAAGCAAGCGCCCGCGACACAGACCAGACAGUGCCGGCUAUGAUGGACGAAUUCGAUGGGCUCGAACACACGACCGCACAGAAACCUAGGACUCCACCGACAGUAGUCAAGAGGAAAAAGCCCGCCGACCCGUCGAAGUUCAACCAGACCUACCGGAAAUCUGACCACCUUGCCAUAUUUUACUGUAAGCAUCGCGACACAGACUCGGACCGGCAAUUAGUCGAAACAGACGAGAAGAGUCAAGAAGAGUCGUCCGAAGAAGAAUGGACUUACGUGAACUCUAAAGUAACUACCGAAUAUUCCACUGAUAUAAUGACGUCAUCGGUCGAAAUACAAUGCGAGCUGCCUAUUGAUGAGAAAAAAAAACCUCCGAAAUUAUUACCGACGCCUGAUUUAAUAAGAGAUAACAACACAAGAUGCAAGGACAUAGAGAGGCUAGUAAUCCAGGCUGAGGAGUUGGUACAGAAGCAGGCGCAGCAGCAAAUGGCUAAGAAGAAGGGAGUGAGGAGCUUCAAGCCGUUGGCGUUCGAGGAGGACGGCAAGAACGCCAGCCGCGCCAAGAUGUCGCGCAUCAAGGAGUGGCUGAACCAGAGCUCGGAGGGGAACAACAAUGUGCACCAGGGUACAGAAAGUUGUGACGCAUCCGGCGAGUACACCACUGAGAGCGAAGUGGACACAUCAUUGACCUCUGAAGAGAGGAACAUACACUCUUCGAUGGACAUGAGUACCUCCACUUGCACGGUCACGCCUACACACCACGCCAAGGUGCAACUCCGCAAGAAGCGAGGUGGCAACAGCGCGCGGCCGUGGUCCGUGUCGUGCAUCUCGCAGCUCAGCGGCGCCGCCGCCUCGCUCGCGGCCACGCCCGCCGCCGACGCCAUCAACAGCGUCAUGUCCAUAUCCGAGUCCGCGCUCAACACGCUGGCGUCGCCGCAGAGGGUCACCCCGGCUAAUUCUAACUCGAAGCUGCGGGGCAGCACUACUACCGUACAGGGCCACGUGUCCAGCACAAACACAAUGACGGAGGCGUGCAUGUCGUGCGUGGAGGCCGCCGACAAGCAGUGCUGGCUGCGGCGCAAGCGGCUCAAGCUGCGGCGGCACAACGCGGCGCGCCGCGAGCGCAUGGUCAAGAGCCUGUCCUUCUGCGCGCUCACGCCCGACCACGAGGACAAGCACGAGCGCAGCACGGCCAGCGACCCGGCUACUAGCAAGAAGAAUAGGUUUGACACGACAUCGACGUCCGGCAACGACAGCGACGAAGAACUAAUCAAACAACAGCUCGCGACCAUCGCCAACCUGCGCAAGAGCAUAGAGAAGACGCACAUCUCCUCGCGAGAGGACAACGCCAUCCCCGAGCAGAACGAACCAGACAUCUCGGGAGGCGUCGCUCCGAGCUUCAAGAUCGGCCCCGCUGGAGGCCUGGUCAGGCCGAGGAUAGCUAGAAGCAUGGAUCGAGAAAAGACAUUCCUAGCGCUGAGUUUGGGCGACCCCAGCCAGCUGUGGGACCUCAGCAUGGACAAGGACUCUGAUAUAGACAAAAGUGUGACGGCCGGCACGGAGGAGCAUAGCUCCUUCUCGGAGCAGGCUUGGGAUUUCUAUCAGGAAAAGUACAAUUCAGAGCCGUAUUCUGAGGCCCCAGACUCUGACGCGGCGCGGCGCCUGCUCGAGUUCGGCGACGACUAUCGCGCCUUCCUCGACUCGCAGUCCGACUGCUGCUCCAGCCUGUCGGCGCAGCCCGAGCGCGACUCGCCGGCCCGCCGCCGCGACCUUCGCCAGAAGCGCCCCGUCGACACUCCGCCUCGCAAACCCAAAAAAUCUAUGUCGAGCGCCGAGCGCAAGAAGUCCCUCCUCGACAGUCUAGAGAGGUCCCGGAACAAUACUAGCAUCGAGAGCAACGACGGCGUUCGCCGCCGCAAAGCGUCCGAGAGCGAUCGCAAAAAUAACAAACGAUCACCCGAGUUCGACCUGCUCAACGUGCAAGCGCUGAGCCGCCGCCGGCACAGCUCGAACAUGACCAGCGACGAGGUCAAUAGCUCCCUGGAGUACACCGAGGUCAACAACCGGCCGGACAUACUCGACUCCUUGGGCCGAAGGAGAAGAAACGUCGACAAGAACGUAGAGUCGGAGCUGCAGAAAGUGGCCCUGUCGGAGCUGCGCCGCCGCUCGACCGAAAACGUGGAUUCCGAGGACGACACGUCGAGCCCCAAGAAGCACAGCCGAAGGAACUGGAGCGGGGAUUCCGAUUCGGAGUCGGAGGAAGUGCGGUCGCUGGUGCGGCGCUCGAGCGCGCAGCUCGACGCGGCGGAGGCCAUGAUGGCGCGCCACGAGGCGUCGCCCGACCUGCUGCGCGCCUUCGACUACACGGAGCUGGAGACGCGGUGCCGGGACAACAUCAACCUGCUGGACGCCGCGCUGGCCGGCGGCUCGCUGUCGCCCGCGCUGCAGCGGGACAUCAGAGCGGUGUCGGCGCGAUGGUCGGCGUUGCGCGCGGCGGCGAGUCGGCGCGGCGGCACCCGCCGCCUCCGUCGCGAGGUCGCAGCCCUGCGAGAGAACCUGCUCGACAUCUGCGAGCCCGAGGACUGCGCCCCGCAGCCGCACACCAGGGUGCAGCUGAACAGGAGGAUCGAAGAGUUGAAGGACCGCCUGGCGCGCCUGUUGGAUUGCAAAGUGUCGAUGCUGAAGAUAAAGGUGUCCGUGAAGCGGGCGCUCGGCGAGAACGAGCCCGAUGACAGCGGGCUGGCCGCCGACCUGGCCGCGUUGCUGGCUCUGUGGGAAGACGCGCAUCAUCGCACGUCUAACGAGCUACUCUCGCUGGAGAAGGCGGUGUGCGCGUGGGCUGAGUGGGAGAGCGCGCUGCGCGAGCUACAAGGCGCGCUGCGCGGAGACCUGGCCACGCUGGAGGCCUUGCGGGACCGCCCCGGGGACGACUACAGCCAGGUCACCGCGCAGAUACGUCAGCUGGCCGCCUCGCUUGUGGAUAAAAAGAAGGGUGGGUCGACGUGCGACUCGCUGUCGGACUCGGGCAUCUCGGACGGCGACAGCGAGGGCGCGGGCGGGCGCGCGCGGCGCCUCAACACGCUGCGCGAGCUGGCGCGCCGCCUGCAGGCCGCGCUCGCGCCCAACUCGCCCGCGCACAGGGCCAUCACUAAGCGCAUGGAGCAGACUGAAAAUGAGGUGCGAACAUUGCAAGAAUCUUGCCGUGCUUUGGUGGAACAAAGCAUCCCCGAAUUAAAGAUCCACGAGGAAACAGAACGCAGCGUAAGUACCGUAAUGGGUAAGAAAACUGGAUCCGGCGAUCCCGACUACACACCGCGCAGCGGCUGGGUGUGGCGCGUGCUGCGCUCGUCGCUGCCCAUCCAGCUGUGCCUGGUGGCCCUGCUGCUGGCCGCCUGGCUGGUGGAGCGGCCCCGCUGCUGCGACGCGCUCAACUCACUCGCUCAAACCCUCACGCCGCAGUUGCGUUACGUACGCGGCCCCCCGCCGGUCUGAAUGCGACACAAAUUUUUGUAUCUGUGCAACAUUGUAUCUGCGACUAUUUCGGCGCGAAAAAAGCUUGACGCUUUAAAAUCUUUUUUUGUCGGCAGUUCCAACCUCAGAAAUGAGUGCCGUUUUCGGCAAUUCCCGGAAAUACUUUAAGAAAGUAAGAUGGAAAUGGGAUAGUUGUGAAGUACUUGAUCUUUGACGUCAUUGCAUAUGCAAUAUCUUAAUUUUAAUUUACUAACAUUUGGAAUGACUAGAACGUUUAAAGAUAUGACUUAGAAUGAGAUGCGAAGGUUAUUACUAACAAUACGCCAAGAAAAGGAAACUUAAUUAGGUGUUAUGAGAAUUAUGGGUAGGUAGUUGAUUGGUGAUUUCAUAAUUAUAUUUCUUUUAACUGUAAACAUAGUGAACAUAACAAAGGUCCACUAUUUAACCAAACUGGAAUUCAAUUGACACCAAUUCCGUUAUAAAAUUCCUUUUUGCUCACAGCAUAAAAAAGUUCAAAUUAAUGAAGUGUUCCAAAAAAAAAGUAUCAUCUGCAUCAGAUGAAGUUCAAAGUAGUAGUACGUUUACUGUAGUAUUUAAUGUACUAACAAUAACAAACGUUACUAAGUUUGUGUUAGUUUAGUCGCAUGCCUAUUUUAGUACAAGUUUAUUUGUUAGGUUACUUAAAAUAGGUGAGAGUACGCCAAGUGUGACCAGUGUAUUUCUUAAAAAUAAGAGAAAUGUACCGCGACAAUAAUACAAAAUAUUCUUCAGAUCUGCAUGUUAUUACCUUUUAUUUCUUUCAAAGUUGCAACAUUGCGCAGUAUCUAUAUAUUUUAAAUUCUAAAUAUCGACGUGACUUUUAUGUAUGUAUUUAUAAUAAGCACUUUUGACACAGUUGUGGCCUUAGUAAACUAUAGUAAAGACUGACAUUCUGACUUUGACGAUUUUCCGAUAGGUUUAGGUAAAAAUAAAAUCUGACUUGUUAUACUUAACUGAAAUGUUUUAGGUAGGUAUGAUGAAUGAAUCUUUAAAUAUCAUGGAAGUGUCAUAAUUUUAUCAGUCACAAUUUAAAAUCAAUCGCGAUACAUUUUUGCCGACAGAAUAUGUAUUAAGUACUACAUUUGAUUUGAUUACUGUUACGAGUAGUUAUAAUCUUUCGCGUAAUUAAUACUGAAACUCCAGCAAUAAUGUCUUUGAGGAAAUAGGUCAUCAAACAUAUUUGUGUUUGUGGAGUCCAAAAUUUUAAAAAAUAGACCCUGGCAUAAUAUAUACUUGAGUGCUUACUCGUACUCGUAUCAGAUAAUAAAUAUAAUUGCGCGUGAUUGUACAAACAGCAACACUUUUAACUCUUCCUCGAUGGACCUUAUGCCUUUUGUAAUAAGGUUAACGAACUGUCAGUUAACAAUGUUGGCGAUAGUACGAAUGUACUUGAGCUUGGAUACUUGUGUACUCCUUGUGUAUAUUUUUAUGAACGCUUCGGUGGUUUAUUUUAAACACUGAAUUAAAAGUCAGUAUUUUAAAACUGUAUUAUUUACUUCAAUAGCUAGAUCGCUAUGUGUAGAUGUUCCUUUAUGUAUGACAAAUGAACUGAUACCAGUACAAACAAACAGAUAGAAGCUGUAACACUUCACUCAUUGCGGUUGAGUAUACUCCCUGGUUCCUUUAUUCCUUGUUACGUAUACGUACGUAUACAUAUGUAUGUAUAAGGCUAUAGGUAUUUAUAUAUACUGUGCCUGACAUUAUAUGACGAUGUGAUUGUUACUUAUAUUAUAGUAUAAUAUAUAUAAUUUGUUACAAUAUAGGGUGUGACCGAUUCACUCCUAUUACUUUACCAAUAAUUUUAUUUAAAAGUCAAUGAAAUCAAAAUUAUCAAAAUAUAAAUUAUUGUAAUCAAUAUAUUAAAUUUGUUUUAUACAAGAACUUGUCACUUUAUAAAAGUAUGAAAUUGCAACAAAUAUGCGACCAUACAGUUAUUAUACUUAUUAUAUACUACGAGUAUGUAUUGAAAAGCCUGCAAUUAGCCGUUAUUAAAAUAUGCAGCUUCACAAUAGAGCGACUGCAUAUUUCUAAAGUGCGAUGGUUAUUUCUCAUGUAUAAGAUGGUAUGUAUUUUAAUACCAAUUUUUUCCAGCAAUUAAGACUUAAUGAAUUAUUCUUGGUAUCAAUAUAUUAAUUGGCAUAACUCGAGUAGGAUAUAAGUCUUACUACGGUAGUUGUAGUAUAGAUAUAAAACCUUUAACAUAAUUUAAUGUGUUAAAGUUUUUAAGACAUAAUUGUUAACUAACGCUAAGGUAUAAUGCCGCCUCGAGUGAAUUAAAAUGUUUGAUACCACAUAAAACUGCCUUAUGUACGAUUGUAGUAUACGAGUGUUGGAUUGUUUUAGAUUUAGAAGUCAUUUACGCGUUGCGUGCGCGUGUUUAACACAUUCAGCGCCAAGAACUCGACUGUCGGGUACACUGUUCGUAGCGACUAUGCGCUCCAUAUGGCGAAACUAUGACUACCCGCUACGAGCGAGCGUAACCCGUAGCACUUAUUGGCAAUGAAUGUGUUACACAUAGUCGCAUAGUUCCGACUCGUAAGUUGCACAGUCGCCAUCAGAGGGGCUACCGCGAAAACCGAAAGAGUGACAGAGAAAAAUGCCCGCAAUUUGCGAACUUCGAUGUUCGCGGUUAUAGGCCUGAUACAUCGGAGCGGUCAAGGCGCUAACAAAUGUCUGAACACAAGGCGUUAGAUUGCGUGUUCCAUGCGUGUACAGAUAUUAUGAACAUCUUGGCCGCUCCGAUAUAUCUGAUUGCGACUGUACCAUGAGGAACAGAAGUUUAAGUAGACACCACUUCAGAGGCCCCCUCAUCAUUAGUCAUGAGCCCUCUAGCUCUUGCAGGAAGUUUCCCAUAAUAUAAGAUUGGAUGGGUGCUGACAGUACUGACAGUAGGUUGUUUUACACUACUCUUCCUGUGGAUCAAUGAAUUCACAGACUAUUAAAUCUAAAUAAUUGCGCUUUCUAUGAUUUAAUGUAAGGCAGUAUGUCUACAGUGUGUCAUAUUUCUUUUGAUACUUUAUUUUAUUACUUAAUCUAAAAUUAUUAAAAGAAAAUAGGCAUGCUAUGAUAGUGCAUUUAGAGGUUUGCCCUUCAGGAAGUAAUAUGUUUCAAACAUAAUAAUAGGUUGCAUAAUGUGUGGCAUGUUGGCUUUUUGGAAUGAAAUAAAUAAAUUGAUUUUAA